AUGACAUUGCCCACUCGCAAAGUUGGCGAUGUUAACGUCUCUGCCUUGGGUUUUGGCGCUAUGGGCAUCUCCGCAUUCUACGGGCCGACCGAGCCUGAUGAAGAACGGUUCAAGGUUCUAGAUGCAGCAUACGAAGCAGGAUGUAGAUUCUGGGACACGGCGGACGUAUACAUGGAUUCGGAGGAGUUGCUGGGAAAAUGGUUUAAACGAACGGGAAAACGCGACGAAAUAUUCUUAGCAACUAAAUUUGGCCUUCGCAGCAGUCCCACCAGAUUGAUCAAUGGUGAUCCCGAGUAUGUUAAAGCUUCCAUCGAGAAAUCGUUGAAGCGAUUGGGAGUUGACUACGUCGACUUGUAUUAUUUCCAUCGAGCUGAUCCUACGGUUCCGAUCGAGGCAAGUAUCUGGCUAUGGUUCCGAACGGUGGGUGCUAUGUCGGAACUGGUCAAGGAGGGCAAGGUUAAAUAUAUCGGCUUGUCGGAAUGUUCAGCCAAAACAUUACGACGGGCUCAUGCCGUGCACCCUAUAACAGCACUCCAAGUAGAAUAUUCCCCAUUCACUCUUGACAUCGAGAGCGAGAAAGUCGGCUUAUUGGCCACGGCCAGAGAGCUCGGGGUGAAAAUCGUUGCUUACUCUCCUUUGGGGCGCGGCCUAUUAACGGGUGUCUACAAAUCGCCCGACGACUUGGACCCUAAUGACUACAGAAGAAGAGUAGCUCGAUACAGCAAAGAAAACUUCCCCAACAUAUUGAAAAUUGCUGACGGUCUAAAGGCCGUCGGAGAGAGACAUGGUGGUGCUUCGGCAGGACAAGUUGCACUUGCUUGGCUCCUUGCUCAGGGCGACGAUAUCAUUCCUAUCCCAGGUACCAAACGUAUCAAGUAUCUUCACGAUAAUCUCGGAGCUGCCACGCUCAAGCUCUCAAGUGAAGAUGUGGCGGAAGUGCGCGCCAUGGCGACAGCUGCGGAUGCAGCACAAGGAGAACGAUACCCACCUGACAUGGCCGCAAUUUUAUUUGCAGAUACACCCGAACUCUGA